CUAAUAGGGGCUGUGGAGCACCCUACAAUGACAGGCGGGUUUGCGGACUUCGAUGCCGGCCAUCGGGAUCUGGUGACAGUCACUCGAUUCAACUUCUAUGGGAAUCGUAUUGUCACUGCUUCGUCGGACCACCGCAUGAAAGUAUGGGAUCUGAAAGACGGACAAUGGCAGCUAACCGACACCUGGCGCGCCCAUGAUGCUGAAAUUCGCGAUGCAACAUGGAAUGGGCCAUUUACAGGCCAGCAUAUCGGCAGCGUGGGCGAGGACAUGAAGUUCAAGAUCUGGCAAGAAGACGUCACACAACCGCCCAAUUCGGGCCGACGGUUCAGAUCCAUCUUCCGCAUGACGGCGCCGCAGAGGCAUCCGUUUGUGUCUCUGGACUUUCGCAACAUUGACCUGGAGUCGUGGCUGGCCCUUAUCACCCGGGAUGGCUAUCUCAUGGUCAUGGAACCCGUCAGUGCAGACAAUCUUUCAGACUGGCAACCUCUGGAUCAGUUUCGAGUAUGUUUAGCACCUGAGCGUGGCGAGGAAACGAGCUUCCGGGUUCAAUUCCAUCACGACCCUACAGAUAUAACCCACAACAUCUCCCCAGACUCGGACCGGAAGAGUCUGUCGCUUGUUGUGGCAGCCAUGGACUCCGUCAAGGUCUACCGCACGGAUGCGAACCGGCGCUUCUACCAUGCGGUUGAGCUGAAUGGUCAUGGGGGUCUCGUGAGAGACAUAUCCUGGGCCAAUGGCUCUGUGCGGGGCUAUGAUCUAGUUGCAAGUGGAAGUAAAGACGGCAUGGUUCGAAUUUUCGAAGUAUACACCACCCCGGCUAGUCCAGAGUCACAGAAUGCCAACGGCCGGAAGGUUGAAGGCCGAAUAAACCCCCCAUCGAUGCGGGCAACAUCCCAGUCUGGGAUCGGCUCUGCUCUUGCAAAUCGCGCCCCCGAAUCUAUAUCCAAUCGCCAGGCCAGCGGCGACUCUCAGUUCCGGCACACAUUCAAGCAAGUGGCAUGUAUCGAUAGUAAGCAUCUCGAUGUGUGGCAAGUUGAAUUCUCUUUCUCCGGUGACUCUCUUGUUUCCGCAGGGGAUGAUGGGGCAGUCCGGUUCUGGAAGAAGUCGUUAUCAGGCGAGUGGCUCGAGUUUGCCGAGACCGACAUGGCGUCUCAGUGA